AAAAACAUGCGCAUCCAGGGAAUCGAACCGUGGGAGGGUACUAUGAUACCACUACACCAGAUGCGCUUGUAUCCUUGAAAAUAUUUUAUAUCCUUAUUACACAGCCAAUGUAUUUAACGAUGACAAAAUACUGAAGACCGAUUAUUUUCGUUCUCGUUCUGUCGUUGCAGCUUCUCUCUCGUUCUCGUUCUCGUUCUCUUUCUCUUUCUCUUUCUCCCUCGACCAGACCUGGCACGGAGGGAGGAUAGGACGGUGCAGUGUCGCUCGCACGGCCGGAAUCCCUUCCCAGGGCGUUGGCUUCAAAUCCUCGUUCCCUCCUUCGUGAUUAGAAGGUAGCUGGAAGAUUGUGUUAGAAGAGAAGCUUGGUGUUUGUAGUUUGAUCAAGGGGAAUGAGGAUUGUUGGACUAACCGGGGGAAUCGCCUCUGGAAAGAGCACCGUUUCCAAUCACUUCAAGUCUCAUGGCAUCCCCGUCGUCGAUGCUGAUGUUGUCGCUCGUAAUGCAUUGAAGAAAGGGACUGGUGGCUGGAAAAAAGUGGUUGCAGCAUUUGGGGAUGAAAUUCUACUUGACAAUGGAGAGGUUAACAGGCCUAGACUUGGCCAAAUUGUUUUCUCUGAUCCCGAUAAACGUCAAUUUCUCAACAGGUUGCUGGCUCCUUAUAUAUCAUAUGGGAUAUUUUGGGAAGUGUUUAAGCUGUGGAUGAAAGGUUAUAAGGUCAUUGUGCUUGAUGUUCCUUUGUUGUUUGAGGCUAAGAUGGACAAGUUCACGAAGCCCAUUAUUGUUGUGUGGGUUGAUCCUGAAACACAGAUUCAGAGACUCUUGGCCAGAGACAGGUCUAGUGAGGAGGAUGGUCGGAACAGGGUUAAUGCCCAGAUGCCACUGGAUGUGAAGAAGAGUAAAGCAGAUAUAGUCAUAGAUAACACAGGUUCAUUGGCUGACUUGGAUCAACAAUUUCAGAAGGUUUUGGUUCAGGUCACAAGUCCCUUGACAUGGAAUGAGUUUUGGCUUUCCAGGCAGGGAGUCUUGACCAUUCUUGCUUCAAUCACCUCAGGUGUUGUUCUUUGUGUAAAGGCAUUUAGCAAGAACUGCUGUUCGUAGGCACUUGCCUUCUGAUUUGUUCAUGUAUUCUAUCAAGCUUAAAUCAAAUGAAUACUUUUCUGCAUCUCUUUUCCAAAUUCCCUACUAAUUCCACUGUUGAAGUUUCAAGAUUAAA